AUGGUGAAGUCAUAUCAGCGUUUUGAGCAAGCUAAUGUGUUCGGUGUUAUAUCAUCCAAUUCCAACAGUGUUUGGAUCGAACCAGAGGCUAGCAAGCGUAAAACCGGUAACUUAGGACAAGUGAUUGUGGGAGGUUUAGAAAACAUAUUAGUUUGGGAUAUCAAGACAGGCGAACAAAUUGCCCAAUUAACUGAUGGUCUUCCACCCGGUGCAUCUGAUGCCAAACUGUCAAAACCUGCUGAAACUACAUUUUUAAAAUAUCAUCCAGAAACCAAUUUAUUGGCUGCUGGUUACGCUGAUGGUGUGAUUAAAAUUUGGGAUUUAAUAUCCAAAACUGUUUUAAUUUCUUUUAAUGGUCAUAAAUCUGCUAUUACUGUUUUAGCUUUUGACACAACUGGUACUAGAUUAAUUUCGGCAUCCAAGGAUUCAGAUAUAAUUGUAUGGGAUUUGGUAGGUGAGUCAGGUUUAUACAAGCUUCGUUCACACAAGGAUGCCAUAACUGGUCUGUGGUGUGAAGAUGAAAACUGGCUCAUUAGUACAUCAAAGGAUGGUCUUGUUAAGAUAUGGGACUUAAAAUCUCAGCAAUGUGUAGAAACUCAUCUAGCACAUACCGGAGAAUGUUGGUCCCUUGGUAUUAUUGAAGAUAUGGCCGUUACUUGCAGUGCGGAUAGUCAAGUGAAGCUGUGGAAACUUGAUUUACAAGCUGAAAAUGGCUCCAAAUUAACAGAAAAAGGCAUCAUAGAAAAACAGAGUAAGCAAAGAGGUGUUGAAAUCGAUUUUGCUGUUGCACCAGAUGGCGUAAAAUUCUUUUAUAUACAAAAUGCUGAUAAGACUAUUGAGAUUUACAGGUUAAGAAAGGAAGAAGAAAUAUCAAGGGCUUUAAAGAAGAGAGAAAAGCGUCUUCAAGACAAAGGUAUGUCAGAGGAAGAGAUAAAGGAAGCCAUGGGAAGUCCAGUAUCUCUGAUGUAUCAUUUGUUCCAGGUUGUUCGUUCACCAUACAAAAUUAAGUCAGCGCAAUGGACAGUUUGUUCCAACUCAAAACUAGAGCUUGUCGUAACUACGUCCAACAACUCAAUCGAGUAUUACUCAAUUCCUUACUCUAAAAGAGAGCCAACACAGCCUGCUCCACUAAAACUUCACACUAUUGAUCUACAUGGUCAAAGAACGGAUAUCAGAUCAACAAGUAUAAGCGAUGAUAAUAAAUUGCUGGCUACUGCUUCUAAUGGUUCAUUGAAGAUUUGGAAUAUAAAAACGAAGCGUUGCAUAAGGUCAUUCGAAUGUGGAUAUGCCUUGACAUGUAAAUUUCUACCAGGUGGCGCAUUAGUUGUGGUCGGAACUAGAAAUGGUGAAUUGCAAUUGUUUGACAUUGCAUCUUCUACUAUGCUUGACAAUAAGGAAGGGGCACAUGAUGCUGCUAUCUGGUCAUUAGAUUUAACUAGUGAUGGAAGAAAGCUGGUUACAGGGUCAGCAGAUAAAACUGUAAGAUUCUGGACCUUUGAGGUUUCAGAAGUACCAGUUUCCGAUGAGUCCAAUAAAACUAUGCCAAUGUUGCAAUUAUUCCAUGAUACCACUUUAGAACUAGAUGACGAUAUUUUAAGUGUGGUGAUAUCGCCUGAUGACAAAUUCAUUGCUGUAUCAUUACUCGAUAACACAGUCAAGGUAUUUUUCUUGGAUUCGAUGAAGUUUUUCUUGAGCUUAUAUGGUCAUAAGCUGCCUGUAUUAUCAAUGGAUAUUUCAUAUGAUUCAAAGCUAAUAGUUACAUGCUCUGCUGAUAAGAAUAUAAAAAUUUGGGGUCUAGAUUUUGGUGAUUGUCAUAAGUCAUUGUUUGCUCAUCAAGAUUCUAUUAUGAAUGUUAAAUUUCUUCCUGAGUCUUAUAACUUUUUCAGCUGUUCCAAAGAUGCCACUGUUAAAUAUUGGGAUGGUCAGAAAUUUGAAUGUAUUCAAAAACUUGCAGCACAUCAAAGUGAAGUUUGGAGUAUUUCAGUUUCAAACGAUGGUACAUUUGUUAUAUCUACUGGACAUGAUCACAGUAUAAGAGUAUGGGAAGAAACUGAGGACCAAGUUUUUCUGGAAGAAGAGAGAGAGAAGGAAAUGGAUGAGCAAUAUGAAGAUACCCUACUAACUAGCUUAGAGGGUGGUGCUGGUGAUGAAAUGUUAAGUGUUAAGAAGGGUGAUAACGAGGAAUCUGAAGAAGUUGAAGGUGUUCAUAAGCAGACAGUAGAAUCUUUAAAGGCUGGUGAGAGACUGAUGGAAGCGCUUGAGAUAGGUGUUAAUGAUAUUAUUGCAAUGGAAGAAUUCAAUGAACAGCUCAAUGCCUGGAAGAAGUCGAAAAAGGGUAUUCAACCUAUCAGACCCCAGGAAAAUACUCUUUUAGUAGCAUUAAAGAAAACUCCAGAGGAAUAUAUAAUUGAAACAUUGGUUAAAAUUAAACCUUCACAAAUUGAAGACGCAUUAAUGGUUAUGCCUUUCUCAUACAUUUUGAAAUUUUUGAAGUUCAUAGAUGUUGUUACAACUAAAGCAGCACUUCUACAAAAGCAUAUUUCCUUGGUUUGUAAAACAUUAUUCUUUGUGAUAAGAUUCAACUACAAGGAGUUAGUUGCGCAAAAAAAUGCAAAUCUGAAACUGCAAAUAACAAGAGUGAAAGAUAAUCUGAGGAAAUCUUUAAAGUCCAAUGUCGACGAAUUGGGGUUCAAUAUAGAAGGUAUGAAGUUUAUAAAACAGCAAUGGGAGUUAAAUCACCAUUUGGAAUUUAAUGAUGAGUACGAGGAGAAGAAUUUCGAAGAAAAGCACUCUAAAAAGAGAGUUUUUGGAACUUUAGCAUAA